ACGGAAUUCUACGGUGUACAUUGAAUUUCACAGUACCUACCUAUUCUAAGUAGUACUUUCCAGUAUUAUUUGCUUAAUAAAAUAAAUACUCAACAGACGAUAAACAAACACAGAGACGGAUAACUAUAAGAUAUAAUUUUUGGUGGAGACGAAUAAGCAAAGUUUACUAAGCGCUUUAUUUUCUAUCUUUUAAAGUAGACUUACGAUUUCAUAAAAAUUUGUUCAGUAGUUUCUCCGGUGCCCCGGUUAGGUGUCUAAUAAAUCAAGAGACAAACAUGUUUCUAACAGACUGUCUUAAAAUUGAAUUUGUUUAUUCUUUUCAGACUUCAGACCAAAGGAGCAGAAUGAAUUCGUGGUGAAGUUUGAUAAUAAACUGACUUCUUACAGUUUUUCGGUAAAGGGAACAAAUGAGAUAAAAUUUUUCGCAAUCGCAGGAGAAAACAGCACUCCUUUUCACUGUGAAAUAAACGAAGCAGAAAUCUGGACCACAAUUACUAUUUUCGUAAAGGAUAAUAAGUUGUUCUAUUAUAAAAGUUAUGACACAUUAAUGCACAAACUCCUUCUGGUUCCAAAAGAAUUAAUGAUAGAACCUUCGACACCAGCAAACUUUAAAAUCUACGAAUAUGAUUUUAGAGAAGCCACUAGAACUACUAAGACACACAAUAUAUUGAAAAUUCCAGGUUCCAAAGAGGUUUAUUUAAUUAUCUCUGUCUCCUUGUGCAACACCUGCGUUCUGGUUAUAACAUAUAAUUAUGAUAAUUGUUUAAUUGUUUCAUCAAACAGCCAUAAUAAUGAAAGAUGGGAAAGAUAUAAACUAAAAAUAAAUCCUAUAAUUUCCAACCAGGUGAAGUUUAAUCGAAUCCAAAAUCCCCCAUUGGAAAAUGGAUUCUGGAGAUUACACUUAACACUAACAGAUUACUCAGAAGAAGCAGAUGACGUAGUUCCAGAAGCAAGAAAAUAUGACGGUUUAACAAGGCGUGGAAUAUCAACAUCGUAUCCAUCCUUUCGCGACACAAUAACGUUUUCAAACAUAUCGCCUCCAACAUCAAAUGACUCAACGAAAGUUUAUUUUGUGUUCACUAAAAAUGGAUUUAUAAACUCAACAGAAGAAGUCAUUGCUUACGCUUUAAUUUUAUUGGAAGUGCCCGUUGAUAUACAAGGUACAAAUAGAUAUUGGGAUGGAACUUUUAGAACUUGGCCUUCCAUACCGAAAAAUUCUUUACAGCUUACACCCGAUCUUUGGAAUCCAUUCACAGAUGAAAUACAGACCUGCAAUUUCAUAAUUGGGGCUGUCAACAGUUGUUGUAAAGAAUAUUGUUAUAAUAAACCUUUAAAACCUAACACUAAAUAUUGGUUAAUUGUUAGAGCUCUAACGAAUAAAGCAUAUAAUGACAGCUCUCUACUCUCCUUCCACACAGACAAUAUUGCAACCGAAACAACUCCAGUAUAUACAACAAUUUUGCUAGAAGCAAGCCAGUUUAAUAAUUUUACAUCGCCAACGGUUCAAAAAUCUGUAUCAUAUCCAUUGCUUGGCGUUUUAGACACAAUAACGUUUUCAAACAUAUCACCUCCGACCUCAAAUGAUUCAACAAAAGCUUAUUUUGUGUUAUCUAAAGAUGACCUUAUAAACUCAACAAACGAAGUUAUUGCUUACGCUUUAAUUUUAUUGGAAGAGCACUUUGACAUACAAAGUACAAAUGGAUCUUGGGAGGGAACUUUUAAAACUUGGCCUUCCAUACCGAAAAAUUCUUUACAGCUUACACCGAAUUUUUGGAAUCCGUUUUCAGAUGACCAACACAUCUGCAAUUUUAUAAUUGGGGCUAACAGCAGUUGCUGUAGAGUACAUUGUUAUAAUACACCUUUAAAACCUAAAACUAGAUAUUGGUUAAUGGUGAGAGCCUUCACGAAUCAAGCCUAUAAUGAUAGCUCCCUGUUAUUUUUUCAAACAGCUUCCGAGGACAGCUAUAGCGUCAAUACCAGUAACAUUUCACUAGGUGUUUUAAUUCUUGCAAUUUUGGUAACGGUUGGCAUAGUAUACAUAAUAUACAAAAUAAGAAAACGAAAAAAUCAAGCAGCUCUUAUCCAAGAAGAAGAGGUGGAGCCAAUCAUUAAAGGGCAGGUUUUAGGCCUUAAAAAACCUCAGAGGAGAAAUACAUUUUAGGACCGAAUUUUUAUAAAAAUAGGCAAUAAAAUUUCCUUUUAGGCAGUUUUAGGAAAUAAAAAUAAAUUCUUUUUUAAUCGUUACUGAAAACAUGAUUACAAAUAUUUUAAUUAAUAAUAUUAAUACUACCCUGUACUAACUGAAUGGCACGCGGCUACUUUAUCUGCUAUGGCGUCAAUCAUAUGGGGACGAUAAUGAAAAGGGAGACUUAUUUAAGAAUAAUAUUGAUGUUGCACAUAAUGAUUUAAAACAGUUUCUUUGAAAGUGUGAGUACUUUUUAGAGAUUGAAAAGAUACGAAUAAAAAAUGUGACAUAAA